GAAGCGAUUCCUCGCCUGGAUCUACGACAGAACGUCGGGAGCGAAGGUGGAGAGCGAGCAAUGGGAGUUCCUGAGGCAAUAGAAGACCUAACGGAGAAGACGAGCUUUCUGAGAGAAUCACUGCAUAAGAGUCAGGCGAUCACAGAGACAAUGGUCACCAUCCUUGGCUCAUUUGAUCACCGUCUUUCCUCACUCGAAGCAGCCAUGCGCCCCACACAGGUUCGGACGCAUGCUAUCAGGAGGGCACACGAGAACAUCGACAAGACAUUGAAAUCUGCGGAUGUUAUACUGGCCCAGUUUGAUCUCAAGCGCAAGGCCGAGGCGAAGAUUCUGAGAGGUCCACAUGAGGACUUAGAAAGCUAUUUGGAGGCAAUAAGCCAGUUGAGAAGUAUUGUUCAGUUUUUCAGCUCUACUAAAGGCUUCAAGGGCUCUGAUGGGGUGCUUAACCAUGCCAAUGCAUUGCUCUCAAAGGCAAUUGUGAAGCUUGAUGAUGAAUUUAGGCAGCUCCUAUCUACCUAUAGCAAGCUUGUGGAGCCAGACUAUCUUUUUGACUGCCUUCCUAGUUUUUUGAGGCCUACAGCUAGUUUAUUCGCUGAGCAGGGCGAGGGAGGAAAGAAUCUCUUCUCUGCCAAUUCUGAUCAGCAAGCCCAAAACUUAGAGACAGCCAUAUACAAACUUCCAAUCCUCAUUCCUCCAAGGGUUUUACCUUUGCUGCAUGACCUGGCGCAGCAGAUGGUUCAUGCUGGAAAACAAGACCAAUGCCUAAAAUUUUAUUGUGAAACGCGUUCUUCAGCUUUAGAAUCUAGCCUCCGGAAACUUGGAGUGGAAAGGCUCAGUAAGGAUGAUGUGCAAAGGAUGCCCUGGGAGGUUUUAGAAGCCAAAAUUGGAAACUGGAUUCACUAUAUGCGCAUUGCUGUCAAACUCCUAUUUGCUGCAGAGCGAAAAAUUUGUGAUCAAAUUUUUGUUGACACUAAUGUCAAGAAGGAUCUAUGUUUUGCUCAAGUAACCGCAGAUAGUGUAUUGAUGCUGUUCAGUUUUGGGGAGGCUAUUGCUAAAAGCAAGAGGUCACCAGAGAAAUUGUUUGUGCUUCUAGACAUGUAUGAAAUAAUGCGUGAGCUUCAGUCAGAGGUUGAAUUAAUAUUUGAAGGGAAAGCUUGUUCUGAGCUGCGGGAGGUGUCUUUUAAUCUAACAAAGCGCUUAGCGUUGACUGCUCAAGAAACAUUUGGUGAUUUUGAAGAGGCAGUUGAAAAAGAUGCCACUAAAACAACAGUGCUUGAUGGAACAGUUCACCCUUUAACUAGCUAUGUUAUAAACUACGUGAAGUUCCUUUUUGACUAUCAGUCCACAUUGAAGCAGCUUUUUCAGGAGUUUGAAGCAGCUGGGGCUGAUGAUAAUUCCCAAUUGGCAAUAGUAACUAUGAGGAUAAUGCAGGCUCUUCAGAGCAACCUAGAUGGAAAAUCUAAGCAAUAUAAAGAUCCUGCGUUGACCUACCUAUUCCUCAUGAAUAACCUCCAUUAUAUGGUCAGAUCCGUUCGAAGGUCAGAGGCUAAGGAUUUAUUCGGUGAUGAUUGGGUUCAAAGGCACAGAAGACUUGUGCAGCAAAAUGCGAAACAGUAUAGGCGGGUUGCAUGGGCAAAGAUUCUACAGACCCUCACUGUUCAAGGCUUGAGUUCUUCAAACGGUUCUGUUGCCGGAGGAAGCGAUGGGGGUAGUAGCAGUGGAGUUUCCAGGGCAAAUAUAAAGGAGAGGUUCAAGUUCUUCAACAUGCAGUUUGAGGAGCUUCAUCAAAGGCAAUCUCAGUGGACAGUGCCAGAUCCAAUACCUGACCCUGAACUUCGGGAGUCUCUUAGGCUUGCGGUUGCUGAAGUUCUGUUGCCAGCAUAUAGAUCUUUUAUAAAACGCUUUGGACCUCUCAUACAAAAUGGAAAGAAUCCUCAGAAGUAUAUCAGAUUUACGCCCGAGGAUCUGGAGCGAAUGCUCGGUGAAUUCUUCGAGGGAAAGACGUGGACUGAACAAAAACGCUAAGCUUUCCCCUUACUUCACGCCUGACUAACAAAUAAAUAAAU